AUGUAAUUAUCAUACAUCAUUUGGUUAUUUUUUGGAAUUCUAAUAUCCUAUAAUAUCAAAUUAUAUAUAGAUUCCUAAGUGUAGUAUGAAAUCAAAAUUGAUGGAGAUUCAAUUUCUAUGAAUUUAUUAGGAAAAUCAAUAGGUAAUCAUGGAUUAGAAAUGGCUUGUAAAUAAUUAUAAGACUAUAUUAAUGUUAGUAAAUUGGAAAUCAAUUUUUAAUUGAAUGGGCUUACACAUAUUCAAACUCUUUUAUUAACAAUUAGUCGUUUCAAGAAUUUAAAAGAAUGUAAUACUCCAUAUUAAAUAUAAUUAUAGUGAAUUUACAAUUAGGAAAUAAUCCUAUAUAAAAUACAACUGCUUCAAAUGUUUAAGCUCUAUUAAUAUAAUUAUAAAACUUAGAAUCUCUUUAUUUAGGAUUAGAUGGUUUAUUCACUCAUUAAGGUAGAGUUCAAAUCAUUAAGAGUAUUUCUGAAAUGAAAAAAGUUCAUACACUCUAAAUCUCAUUAAUAAAUACAGAUUUAGGAGAUGAUAAAAUUGAUAUGCUUUUAUCAUUAGCAUAAAUGAGAUAAUUAAAAUCAUUAGAAUUAAUAUUGAUGGGUUGUAGUUUAACUGCAUCAUCAACAAAAUCUCUAUAAACAUUAUUAUAUAAAUUACCAAAACUAGACAAUUUAGUUUUAAAUUUAUAUGGAAAUAAGAUUAGAUAAGAUGGAAUUGAUGAUUUGAGUGCAGGACUUUAUCAUCAAAGAUAAGUUAAAGGAUUAGAAAUAGAAUUAUAUUUUAAUAAUAUUACUUCUAAUGGUACUGAAACUCUAAUGAGUGUUACAGGAUAGAUGAUUAAUCUAACCAAAUUACAUAUUGGUUUAGAAUUUAAUUAUAUUGAAGAUUAAGGUGCUAAACAUAUUGCAUAAGCAUUAACAAAUCUAUAAAAUCUUAAUGAUUUAUCAAUUAAUGUAGCUUCAAAGAAUUUUGGGUUCUUAGGUUAUGAAUCUAUUUUAUUAGCUAUUGAAAAAAUACCUUAUUUAAAUUCAUUAAAAUUAAUUAUUGGAGUUAAUAAAUGUGGACCUAGAGGGGCUGAUUUAUUGAAAAAAGUAUUGUUUAAACAUGAUAAAUUAAAAACUUUGAUUUUAGAUUAUACAGAAAAUUAUAUUGGAGAUGCAGGAGCUUCUUUUAUUGGUGAAGGGUUAUUAUCUUAAAGAAAAUUAGAAUUCUUAAAAUUAAAUUUAAAUUUCAAUUCAAUUACAGAUAGAGGAGCUUUAGAUAUUGUGAAAUCUAUUCAUACUCUAAAACAUCAACCAAAACAUAUUGAUUUAAGAUUAAGUUAAAAUAAAAUCUCAGAUAGAGCAUCAAAAGAAAUCCUUCGAUAUAUUUCUAAUAUUACAUAAGGAAUUGAACUAUUUGAAUUUGAAUUAUUAGGAACAGCCUUAACAAAUGCAACAAGAGAUGAUCUUAUUUCAACUUAUAGAAAUUUAAAAAAUUUUGAAUUUAUUGUAGAUACAAUCCCACCAAGUUAUUGGGAUGAAUAAUGA